GCCUCAAGCCUAUGUCAACAAUUAUUGUUUUCUACUAAUAUUGAUAGUUAUUUGAAAAUGUCUAAUGUGUCUUUGAAAUGGCUACUGCUGUUGGGACUUUGUGUCUUGUUGGUACAUGUCCAGUGUGCACUUCCACCGGAAGAGGGUGUAUGUACCUCAGACACGGACUGUGCCGCCGAGGAGUGUUGUGUCGGUACGGCCCGACGACGAUUCAUAUUCUUUAAUCCAACCAAAGGGAUAUGCAGACCCCUGCGCUUCCAGGGAUUUUCCUGUCACGUGUUCCUGACGACAGAGACACAUAAUCACGGUCUGCACGUGGACUACUGCCCGUGCGACGAGGGGUUAGAAUGCAGGGGAACUACGGUUGACGCGUUAAACCCGAAUAACGUGAUUCAUCACGACCCGAAAUGUCUUCCCAAAGAGGCAGCGUAAAACGUUAAACAUGUUUGUGUCUUCAGUAAAAGUAAACUGUUUUGUUAAAAAA